GCUGGGAGCAUCGGCCACCUCAGACGGACGGUGGCCCGGCAUUAGGCAGCGUCUGCGGCGAGCAGAAGCGUCCCCAGCCCGCCAUGGCCCGGCUCCUCCGGGCAUCCUGCCUUCUCUCCCUGCUCCUGGCCGGCUUCGUCCCGCCGGGCCGGGGACAAGAGAAGUCGAAGACUGACUGCCAUGGUGGCGUGAGUGGCACCAUCUACGAGUACGGAGCCCUCACCCUUGACGGGGAGGAGUACAUCCCUUUCAAACAGUAUGCUGGGAAAUACAUCCUCUUUGUCAACGUGGCCAGCUACUGAGGCCUGACAGGCCAGUACAUUGAACUGAAUGCACUACAGGAAGAGCUUGCACCAUUUGGUUUGGUCAUUCUGGGCUUCCCUUGCAACCAAUUUGGAAAACAAGAACCAGGAGAGAACUCGGAGAUCCUGCCCACCCUCAAGUAUGUCCGGCCUGGUGGGGGCUUCGUCCCUAAUUUCCAGCUCUUUGAGAAAGGGGAUGUGAACGGGGACAAAGAGCAGAAGUUCUACACUUUCCUGAAGAACUCCUGUCCUCCCACCUCGGAGCUCCUGGGCACACCUAGCCGCCUCUUCUGGGAACCCAUGAAGAUCCACGACAUCCGCUGGAACUUUGAGAAGUUCCUGUUCCUGGUGGGGCCUGACGGAAUACCCAUCAUGCGCUGGUACCACCGGACCACAAUCAGCAAUGUCAAGAUGGACAUCCUGGCCUACAUGAGGCGGCAGGCAGCCCUGGGCCUCAGGGGGAAGUAACUGACGCCUGGCCCACUCCUGUCCAUCACGCAGGGGCUGGGAGGGACUGUUCAGGAAGGAGCCCACAUCCCCAACCCACUAGACACCCACAACAGGCCCCUUGCCCAUUACACAAGGUCCCUGCCUGACACAGAUGUUUGUAUACCAUUGUGUCUGUACCACUCGCAUGUGGGUAUUUGCACACAUGCCGACAGGUGUGUGUGUGACAGCGCAUGUGUGCACAGGUCUACGUGCGGCCACCUGUGUGACUAUCGGAAAUGUGCACCAUCUGUGUGUCUGCAGCUGUGUAAAGUGAUGUGGUUUCUCCAACUCUGUUCCCAUGACAACGCACUCACACCUGAUCCUAAGGAAAACCAGCGCUAGCUCCAAUUGUCCUGCUCUAACCUGGACCUCACCCUUGACAGCAGCAUCUCUCUGCCUCCAAACACUAUAAGGUCCCCAGCAGUUUCUGGGUCUACCACGCUUAACAGCUCCCUCCUCCUUCCUGAAAGGCCCUCCCAAGCCCCCGCCCCCACCCCUACCCCCAGUUCUGAGAUCAGCCAAGGCAGAUGUGAGAGCCAGGGCCACAUCCCUGUGUCAGGGGUGGCAUCUCCAUGAGGGAGGGGCCCGAAGCCCUUGUGGGCGGACCUCCCCUGAGCCUGUCUGAGGGGCCGGCCCUUAAGUGCAUUCAGGCUGAGGCCCCUGGGCAGGGAUGCCAUCCUUGCUCCUACAGAGGAUGUGCCCUCUCCCCUCACGCUGGCCCACUGGCAUCAGACUCACACCCUACCUGCCUAGUAAAGGCCUUUCUGCAACA